AAUAACAAAGUCGAAUCAACAGACAAAAAAACAAAAAACAAACAUCAUGGGUUCUUACAAGGAUCCAAAUCAUGGAUCUGAUGAUGUUGUUGAAAACUUAGUUCAAAGGCUUCGGCUUUAUAAACCAACACCAGUUUCUGAUGAAACACAGUUUUCCGUUAAAAGAGCAGCUGUUCUUGUCUGUAUUUUCCAAGGCAACAAUGGUGAUCUUCGUGUCAUCCUCACCAAACGUUCCUCUUCUCUGUCCUCUCACUCAGGUGAAGUUGCAUUGCCUGGUGGGAAACAAGAGGAAACUGAUAUUGAUGAUAUACAGACUGCAUUGAGAGAAGCCAAAGAAGAGAUUGGCUUAGAACCUUCACUUGUCAGUGUUGUCACUGUCCUUGAACCGAUUGUCACCAAGCAUCGUAUGAUCGUCGUCCCUGUAGUGGGUAUAUUAUCAGAUACAAAGGCGUUCGAUCCUUGUCCAUGUGCAGACGAAGUGGAAGCGAUAUUUGACGCUCCUUUGGAAAUGUUUCUCAAGGAUGAAAACCGAUGGGCGGAAGAGAAAGAAUGGAAGGGAGAAAAGUAUUUACUUCAUUACUUCGAUUACGAAGCGGAAAACGGGAAGUAUUUGAUAUGGGCAUUCACUGCAGGAGUCUUGAUUAGGGUCGCUUCGAUAGUUUACCAACGGCCACCGGCUUUUUUAGAGCUCCGGCCGAGAUUUUGGGAUAUGGCUAUUACCGGAGACAUCCCUAAGCCGUGAAUUCAUAGCUUUCUUUGCAACUAUUACACUGAAGAUUGAUUUUGUUUUUCACGAAUAGGAUCAGAAAAUGUAAUUUCCUGUGAAAAACUGAACACGGGACUAUUUUAUAUGUUCAUGGAAGAACAUCAUUGCUAUAUCAUCAAAUUCAAAUGUCUACUUCUUAUAUUGAAA